CCAUCAAGUUUGUUGUGCUUCGAGGAGUGCCGUGGAGGAAAGUCUUUCCUGUGGUGUGUUCGUCCUUUUUGGGUGUAGCUUUUCAUAAACAGUUCAGGCUUCUGUCAACAGGUUCCUUGUUCGUGGUGUGGCUCAAAGUACAGCGAGGUCAGGGCUGAGUUUAUUAUCCAGCCGGAAAAUUAAACUCGGGCCUUAUUACACAGAAACAGGCCUAGUUUAUCUUCUGUUAUUAGCAGGAGGAACAUUUGAGUGGUUAAUGAAGCUAAUAGUUUGAGCUAGGUUGUAGCAAAUGUUUAUAAAUUUAUGACCCCCCCCCCCCCUCUACAAUGUGACUUUUGCUUGUAAAUUCACUUAAAGCCAAACUGUGAGGGGAGUUAUGGAAAACCAGUCCCCUAACAGUUUUUAAUAUAUUCAGAGUGUGUCACUGUGUUCAAACAUUAACUCAAACUGCAUAUGUGUGUUUAUGUUUGUGUGUCUUUUCAGAAACUUUAAGAGACAGGGACUGACCAGAGCCACUCUCCUGGAAAUCCAAGACAAACACAUGUCCCUUCUCAGUGACAAGCAGAGGGAAGGGUGUUCGUCUUGAGAGGGAGGCAGAGUUACCGUGGUAACAGACAUGCCAAAACCGGACCUGCUCUGCCUCGUUCAGCUGCUGGACGGCACCAUCGAGACCUUCAGAGUCAGUAAGCAGGAUCAAGGCAUGGUUCUGUUGGACCUGGUGUUCGACCACCUGGACCUGCAGGAGAGGCAGCUCUUCAGUCUGCAGAUCAGAGAGUCCGGCACCACCAUCGCCUCCACCUCAGCCAACCCGCACUCUCCUAGAUGGUUGGAGCCCGAGAAACCCUUGAAGAAGCAGAUAAAAGGUCUUGUAUCCCCCUUUUAUCUGAACUUCAGAGUACGAUUCUUCAUAUCUGAGCCUAACUCUCUACAGCACGAACAGACAAGGCACCUGUACUUCCUCCAGAUCCGGAGCGAUGUCAGGGAGGGACGGUUGCAGUGCCCGCUGGACGCAGCUGUGGUGCUGGCUUCUUACGCUGUGCAGUCUGAGAUGGGGGAUCACUGCUCAUCCCGAGACCCUGGUUACCUCUCAAAAUGCCACUUCAUCCCCAAACAGGAUGAAGACUUCCUGUGUAAAGUGGAAGAUCUUCAUCCGAAGCACAAGGGGCUUAAGCAGAGUGAGGCUGAGCUUUGUUUUCUCAACACGGCACGAAAUCUGGAGCUGUAUGGCGUGGAGCUACAUGAUGCCAUGGAUGCCCACAAUGCACCUCAGAUGGUCGGUUUGGCCUCAAGCGGCGUUGCAAUAUUUUACAACACGGUCUGCUCUAAUUUCUACCCGUGGGGGAACAUUAUCAAGAUUUCAUUUAAGAGGAGACGCUUUAUUUUACACCUGAAGCGUAAACAUGGGGAGACGCAGGACUGUGAAGUCGCCUUCAUCCUUCCUUGUCCCAGGACUUGUAAGAACCUGUGGCAGUCCUGCGUGGACCACCACACCUUCUUCUCCUCCAGCCGGUCUGUCAGGAGCCCCAAAAUCAGCAACAGCACAGUUCAGACCUACAAAAAGUUGAUAACGCAGCACCUCGGCCUCGGAAACAGUAAAACUGAGAUUGGUCCGGUCUGCCAGCGUGUUUUAGGUGGGAUGGAAUGGAACCCUGUCCCACACAGGUCGCUUUCUUCUGAGCAUCUUGAGACCAAGAGUCUGCCGUCCAGAUCACCUCCCUCCACCCCCAACUGGCGAAGCCCACGCGUUCGCCACAGGAUCUGUAAACCUCGCCCGUCGUCCGUGGAGCUCACCAUGGACCUGAAGGACAUGUCAGAGGGGGAGGACGUCUUCUACACCUACAGGGCAUCUGUGAGCAGCAACAAGGACAGCGAAGGAGACGCCACACCUCAUCACAUCUCUGGCUCUAGCAGUGAAGGAAAUGGGGUGGUGUUACAAGCUGAUGAUAGUAUAGGAGAAGAUGAUAGCCCACCACACUAUGACAAGGGAGUUCUCGGCGAUGGUGAUUUGAUGCUGAUAUGCAUCACUCCAGAUGAAGAUGGCAAGUUUGGCUUUAAUGUAAAAGGUGGAGUGGAUCAGAAGAUGCCUCUGUCCAUAUCUCAUGUUAAACCAGACUCCCCGGCCGGUCGAUCCGAACCCAAACUCCAGAAGGGAGACCUGCUGGUGCUCAUCAAUGGUCGAGACAUUUCUGAACACACACAUGACCAGGUUGUCAUGUUCAUACGGGCCAGCCGAGAGUCACACUCCAGACAGCUGGCGCUGCUUAUCAGACGUAAAGGUUCGAGUCGAAUGGUACCCUCACUUCAGCUACCUCCUGCCUUAACACUCACCAUCCAACCACAGGAAAACAAACCGCAGUCACCCGGACUGUCGGAGCAGGUCGCCACGUUGGAGGAAUCCAUGAAACAGCUGGAGAGGGGGAUACAGUCUGGCACGCUCUGCUUCCAUUUUGAGAAUUUGUACAGGAGGAAACCUGAUUUGUUGUUGAGCUGCGCACGACUUCCUGAGAACCUGGAGAAGAACCGAUACAGGGAUGUUUUACCUUACGACGCCACCCGAGUGGUGCUGCAGGGUCAGGAGGACUAUAUCAACGCCAGCCACAUCACGGUGGCACCCCCAGCGUCUGGUGUGUGUUUACGUUACAUUGCGGCUCAGGGUCCCCUGCCUCAGACCUGCACUCACUUUUGGCAGUCAGUGUGGGAGCAACAGAUACACACCAUCAUCAUGCUCACAACUCUGACAGAGAGGGGACGGACCAAGUGCCACCAGUACUGGCCGCAUCCGCCGGAAGUAAAGGACUACGGUGACUUGAGGGUGAAGUGUCACUCGGAGGAGUGCAACUUGGCGUAUGUGACGCGACAGUUCACCCUGAAGCACACGCAGCUGGGCGAGGAGCGCGCCGUCACACACCUGCAGUACGUGGCGUGGCCGGACCACGGCGUACCUGACGACCCGUCCGACUUCCUGCUCUUCGUCAGCUCAGUGAGGGAGAGGAGGAAAGGUGAUGAGGCGCUAAUGGUGCAUUGCAGUGCCGGGAUCGGACGUACAGGUGUUUUAAUCACCAUGGAGACAGCACUGAACCUGAUGGACCAGGGUCGACCGGUGUUCCCACUGGACAUUGUGAAAACACUGAGAGAACAGCGAGCCAUGAUGGUUCAGACCACGUGUCAGUUCCAGUUUGUGUGCGAAGCCAUUCUGCGAGUCUACAAAGAGAAACAGGAGAAAAAACCUACAACACCGUAAGCCAAAAUCGUCAAAGGGAGAAGGAGACCGAACGCACUUCUUCCCUGCCUCUGCUUCAUUUGGGUGGGACAGGUUCAACUCUGGAGCUUCUGGUACUGGAACAGGGACUGGAUAAUGAAAUAAUAAAAAACAAAGCUGCAGAGCACAGCUCUGUGCGCUCCACGUAGCUCCGACAGAAUAUUACACCUAGUUGACCUUAGUUUUUACUUAAAGUGCAUUAAGCUUAUAGGGAAUGUGGUCUCCAUAGAGACUGAUGUAAGACUGACGUGAGCUGCUAAUUUCCAUAUAAGAGGUCUCUCAGGAGUGGUGCCUCUGCUUGUUAAGCUACAUGUGCCUUAGACUGAAGCUUCCCCCGGACCGGUCUGAAUCCAUCAGAGGCUGAGCGAGACGGUCCUAAUCUACAGUUUAUCUCUCGUAUUCUGAGACAAGCGUCAGAAGCUGAUUUCUUUUAGAUCUCAGCGGCAGAUUCUGUAGUUUAAAGAGGUGCAGAGCACCAAAUUCACUCUUCAUCACUUUUAAAUUAUUCACAUGAAAUAAAAUCAUUGAUUUGUAACA